GGGCCAGAUUGGGGCGCAAUGGACCUUUCCAUGUGUGGUAGUCUCGGGCAGCAGAAGUAGUGACCGAUUGUCGUGAUUGUUUGUAAAUUACUUGCAACAAAAUCUAGUUUAUGCAGAUUAUUUAAAAAUUAAAAAUCGUUCAAUUCGACCUUAUUAGACAAUCAGGUUUGUUCGUUUCUGCAUCUCUGUGCAAUGUGGAUACUCGCCGUUUUAGUGCUGUCCUGUUGCGCACUGGCUGUGCGCGCGCAGUUCCCGCGUGAGUGCACGAGCACCGAGGCUCUGCGCAGCGCGCGCUGUUGCCCGUCCCCGUUCGGCCGCGUGAACGACCCGUGCGGCGUGAGCCUUGGCCGAGGCCAGUGUCUGUCGGUGCAGGCGGACACGCGCGCACACGGGCCGCAGUACCCGCACGUGGACCAGGAUGACCGCGAGCGCUGGCCGCUUCGCUUCUUCACCAGCGCGUGCCGCUGCACCGGGAACUUCUACGGGUUCAACUGCGGUCGGUGCAAGCACGGAUUCACCGGGGUCAACUGCGACACGCCCGUGCCAGUCGUCAGAAGAAAUGUUCUCACUCUGAACCCGACUGAGAGGCGCUCCUUCGUGAACGCUCUGCACCAGGCUAAGCGGACCGUUCACCCGGACCUGGUCAUCGCCACACGCCGCUAUGGCGAGCUGUUCAGCCCUGACGGUAACACCACUAUGUUUGAAAACAUCACCAUCUACAACUACUUCGUGUGGUCGCACUACUACUCCGUGAGUAAGACGUUUCUCGGUGGUGGACAGCCCAGCUUCGGGGGCGUGGACUUCUCUCACGAGGGACCCGGGUUCGUCACGUGGCACCGAUACCACCUCCUGCAGCUCGAGCGUGACAUACAGGACAUGUUGGGAGACCCGAGAUUCGCCCUUCCCUACUGGAACUUUGCCAUCGGAGGAAACCAGUGUGACAUCUGCACUGAUGAUCUGAUGGGCGCCAGAAGCAGCUUUGAUGAAAAUGGGAUCAGCUCCAAUUCCAUCUUCUCCCAGUGGCGUGUCGUGUGUGAGAGCCUGGACGACUAUGACACGCUGGGCACCAUCUGCAACAGUACCGAGAGCAACCCCAUCAGGAGGAACCCAGCGGGGAACGUGGCGAGGCCCAUGGUGCAGAAGCUUCCAGAGCCUCAGGACAUAGAAGCCUGCCUGCAGCUGACCACAUUCGACACCCCUCCAUUUUACUCUACUUCAACUGACAGCUUCAGAAACACCAUCGAGGGCUACAGCGCCCCUGAGGGUACCUACGACCCUGUAGUGCGAAGUCUGCACAAUUUGGCUCACCUGUUCCUGAAUGGUACUGGUGGACAAACCCAUCUGUCCCCUAACGACCCCAUCUUCGUCCUGCUCCACACCUUCACCGACGCCAUCUUUGACGAGUGGCUUCGGAGACACCCAGGCUCUGCCGACUACCCAAUGGAAAACGCUCCGAUUGGCCAUAACAGAGAUUACAACAUGGUGCCAUUCUGGCCUCCUAUCACCAAUGCAGAAAUGUUCGUGACUGCUCCAGAGAACCUGGGUUACUCCUACGAGGCCACCUGGCCCGCCCGUCCCAUCACUCCGACUGAGAUCAUCACCAUCGCUGUGAUCGCAGCGCUUUUCGUCGUGGCGAUCAUCUUCGCCGUCACGACGUGUGCCGUGCGCUCCCGAUCCCAUAACUCUGAGGGUCGGCAACAUCUCCUCGGGGAACAGUACCAACGCUAUGACGAUCACGACACACACAACAGCAAGAGCCAGUCUGUGGUUUAAGAAUGCAGGAGCUACAACUUCGACCUCUUUUGUAUAAUCCUAGUCAUACAUACAUGACAAUGCUCGGUCAUUACAUUUUGUAUGUAAUUUCAGUGAAACCAGAAGUGCCUUGAGUCAUAUUUAGCCAAAGUCUGUGUGGACAACAAACUAAAAGAAAAAAAGGCACAAACUAAAAUGACGGUGCUAACGUUAC